AUGCUCUGCAAGGUGAGGAGCUGGGUAGAAAUCUGCCGGGGGGCUACCCUUUUGUUCCUUUUUUGCCACCUGGGUUACGUUUGUGGGCAGAUCCGUUACCCGGUCCCAGAGGAGUCACAGGAAGGGACUUUUGUAGGGAAUGUCGCCCAAGAUUUCCUGCUGGAUACAGAGAGCUUGUCAGCUCGAAGGCUGCAGGUUGCUGGAGAGGUGAACCAAAGACACUUCCGUGUGGAUUUGGACAGCGGAGCUCUGCUCAUCAAGAAUCCAAUCGAUCGAGAGGCACUGUGUGGGCUCAGUGCCAGCUGCAUCGUGCCCCUGGAGUUUGUAACUGAAGGGCCUUUGGAAAUGUAUCGAGCGGAGGUAGAAAUUGUAGAUGUGAAUGAUCACGCCCCCCGAUUUCCUCGGCAGCAGUUGGACUUAGAAAUUGGGGAAGCAGCUCCCCCAGGACAGCGUUUCCCCUUGGAAAAGGCUCAGGAUGCAGAUGUGGGAAGCAACUCCAUCAGCAGCUAUAGACUAAGCUCCAAUGAACACUUUGCACUGGAUGUCAAGAAGCGCAGUGAUGGCAGCCUGGUUCCAGAGCUGCUUCUGGAGAAGCCUUUAGAUCGGGAAAAGCAAUCAGACUACCGCCUGGUGCUGACUGCUGUGGAUGGAGGGAACCCCCCUAGGUCUGGCACCGCGGAGCUCCGGGUAUCAGUGCUGGACGUGAAUGACAACGCCCCAGCCUUCCAGCAAUCCAGCUACCGAAUUAGUGUGUUAGAGAGUGCACCAGCCGGCAUGCUGCUCAUCCAGCUCAAUGCCUCUGACCCAGACCUGGGUCCCAGUGGUAACGUCACUUUUUCCUUCAGUGGUCACACCCCUGAUCGUGUAAGAAACCUCUUUAGCCUGCACCCCACUACUGGAAAGCUUACCCUUCAAGGACCCCUAGACUUUGAGAGUGAAAAUUACUAUGAAUUUGAUGUUCGUGCUCGUGAUGGGGGUUCUCCUGCCAUGGAGCAACAUUGCAGCCUUCGGGUGGAUCUCCUAGAUGUGAAUGACAAUGCCCCACACAUUACAGUAACCUCUGAGCUUGGGACUCUCCCUGAGAGCGCAGAACCUGGCACUGUGGUGGCACUCAUCAGUGUACAGGACCCGGACUCAGGGUCAAAUGGAGAUGUAAGCCUCCGUAUUCCUGACCACCUGCCAUUUGCCCUCAAGUCUGCCUUCAGGAACCAGUUCUCUCUUGUGACUGCUGGGCCUUUGGACAGAGAGGCCAAGUCCAGCUAUGACAUCAUGGUGACUGCUUCUGAUGCUGGGAACCCUCCUCUGAGUACACACAGGACUAUUUUCCUCAAUAUUUCAGAUGUGAAUGAUAACCCACCCUCUUUCUUCCAGAGAUCACAUGAGGUAUUUGUUCCUGAAAAUAAUCGCCCAGGAGACCUGCUUUGCUCCCUUGCAGCCUCUGAUCCAGACUCUGGCUUGAAUGCACUUAUCUCCUACUCUCUUCUAGAGCCCAGAAAUCGAGAUGUGUCAGCUUCUUCCUUCAUCUCUCUGAAUCCACAGACUGGAGCUGUUCAUGCUACUCGAUCCUUUGAUUAUGAGCAGACACAGACAUUACAAUUUGAGGUGCAGGCCCGUGAUCGGGGCAACCCUCCUCUUAGUAGUACUGUGACAGUUCGUCUCUUUGUGCUGGACCUCAAUGAUAACGCCCCAGCUGUACUCCGUCCUAGGGCCCGGCCUGGUUCCUUAUGUCCCCAAGCGCUGCCUCCAUCAGUGGGUGCUGGCCACCUAGUCACUAAGGUGACAGCUGUGGACUUGGAUUCAGGUUACAAUGCUUGGGUUUCAUAUCAGCUCCUGGAGGCCCCAGAUCCCAGUCUGUUUGCAGUUUCCCGCUAUGCUGGGGAGGUACGGACAGCCGUUCCCAUCCCAGCUGAUCUCCCGCCACAGAAGCUGGUCAUAGUGGUAAAGGACAGUGGUAGCCCACCACUCUCUACCUCUGUUACUCUCCUAGUGUCUUUGGAGGAAGACACACAUCCAGUUGUCCCUGAUCUUCGAGAAUCUUCAGCUCCAAGGGAAGGAGAAUCUCGCUUGACCCUGUAUUUGGCUGUGUCGCUAGUGGCAAUUUGUUUUGUCUCCUUUGGAUCAUUUGUGGCUCUACUCUCUAAGUGUCUUCGUGGGGCUGCCUGUGGAGUAACCUGCUUUCCUGCUGGCACCUGUGCCUGUCUCACCAGAUCUCGAAGGAGGGAGGGGCUUCCUCCCUCAAAUGGGAUCCUCCGAAUCCAGCUCGGGUCAGAUGAUCCAAUCAAGUUUGUUGAUGUGGGUGGCCACUCUCACGGCUGUACACCCUUGGCUUCUGCACCCACUCGGAGUGAUAGCUUCAUGAUGGUGAAGUCACCCAGUGCACCUAUGGCAGGGGAGCCUGUUCGCCCAAGCUGCCCACCCUCUGAUCUUCUCUAUGGGCUAGAGGUGAGACCUUUGCAGGCUCAGCCUAUGCUCAAGGGCUUUUCUGUUUCAGGUAUAUGGCUGGGCUCAGGGAGCACUGGCUUUUCUGUAAGAGCCCAUAGUGAUGUCAUCAUUUUUGUGAGUGGUAACUGUGUUGUAGAUGCUGUUAUUUAGAAAUGGGUUGAGAAUUAACCAGGGGGUUGUUACAGA